GACAUCAUCGUCAUCAUUUUUUAUUUUAUUUCAGACAACCGCCAAAACGACCUGGUCCGCAUUGUGUUCUUCGCGUUCGACCGCCUAGAGGAGAUCCUGCCGCCCACCUUCGGCGUCAAGACUGCGCCUUACAGUAGCUUCCUCUCCGAUGCGUCUGCUUCGACGGCCACCAGUAUGAACUCUGAACGGGAAAAGAGGAAUGUUACUAGGGUAUUGAACUCUAAGGUGAUAUCAGCCAGUCUUGGCAACGGACGUCACAUCCAACUUUCUCAGAUGGUGCGGCUAACUAUGAAACAUCUGAAGACUGAAAACGUUACAAACCCCGCCUGCGUUUUCUGGGACUACACUUUGCAUGGCUGGUCCCCCGAAGGCUGCCAAGUAGAAUGGACAAACACGACCCACACCGGCUGCGCCUGCUCGCAUCUCACCAACUUCGCCAUCCUCAUGGAUGUCCACGGUGUUUCCAUCGGAGCCAAACACGAGAUGGCCUUGAGACUUCUUACGUUCAUUGGUUGUGCUAUCUCUGCUGUGGCUUUGCUGGCUGCUAUUAUUGUGUUUCAGUGCUUCAGAAAUAUGAAGUCUGACCGAGUGCUAAUCCACAAGAACCUCUGCGCUUGUCUUCUCAUUGCGGAAGUUGUCUUCAUGUGCGGGAUCGACCAGACGCAGGACCGAGUGUUAUGUGGUAUCAUAGCUGGUUUACUGCACUACUUCUUCCUCGCUGCCUUCGCCUGGAUGUUUCUAGAAGGGUUCCACCUGUACGCCAUGCUAGUGGAAGUGUUCGAGCCGGAGCGGCCGCGCGCGCGCUGGUACAUGGCGGGCGCGUACCUGGCGCCUGCUCUCGUGGUGCUGGCGUCUGCCGCCGCCUUCCCCGGCUACGGCACGCCGCAGCACUGCUGGCUGUCCACUGAUAGACUCUUCGUCAUGAGCUUUGUUGGCCCAGUGGCUUUAGUACUUACGGCCAACUGGAUAUGCUUGAGCAUGGUGAUUUACAUGAUGUGCCAUCAUUCCACCGUCUCCAUUAAGGCGAAAGAAAACUCCAAGCUGUACAAGAUCAGGGUAUGGCUGAACAGCUCCCUAGUCCUGGCCUUCCUGCUGGGACUGACUUGGACCUUCGGGCUCCUGUACCUGAACGAGCAGACAGUGGGCGUGGCCUACGCGUUCACGAUCCUCAACUCGCUGCAGGGGCUGUUCAUCUUCAUCUUCCAUUGUUUGCAGAAUGAGAUUUUCCAGAAGGAGUGCGCGCGGCUGGGCCGGCGGCACCGCUGGCUGGCGUGCUGCGCCGCGCUGGCGCCCGCGCCGCCGCCCGCCGCCUCCAGCGGCCACGUCGACACGCGCCAGGGCAGCGUCAAGAGCCGCCGCUACCACCAGAGCGCCGCCGCGGACACCGACGAUGCCGUGGACCCGAGGGACGUUACGAGCUACAACCUCCAACCGGAGUCAGCGAGAUGGACCGUGCGGCCCACGGCGCCCAUAUACGCGCCGAGCGCCGCGCCGCUAAACAUCCCGCACUCGGCCUCCCACUCGCAAAGCAUCGCCUCCAUGCAUAGCUACCGGCACGUGGAGCCGAACGAUUACCAGAACCUUCGGUCGCGUUCGCCAUCUUGUUUUUCGAACAAGAUGGCCGCGUCCGUCGGGAACGAAUGGCAGAACGGGAGCAUGUGGAAGAACACUUCUUCUAAGCACUAUCCAAGCGGCACGUCGACGCUGCCGCACCACGACCCGCUGCCGCACCAGCCGGGCGCCCUGCACGCGCCCCACGACGACUGCGACGCCGCCGCGCGCGCGCCGCCCUCCCCGCGCCACCAGGCCGACGCCGGCCCGCUGCACCACCAGGGCUACAACACCACCCGGAGCUACAACCACGACUUCAGGAACCCGCACGUCUACAUGUCCCAGCACUCCCCCGGCAGCCAGGAGAUGAUCUUCCGCAAGCAUUACAAAGACGAGAACAGACGCAAGCACCACCACCAUCACGGCAGCCAGAAUAUCAACCAUACCUAUUCAGAAAUAGCCUCCCAACAGGGAAGAAUAUACAGACGCGGCUCGGAGCAAGAGUUCCGCGUCAUCCAAGACGAUCCAGUGUAUGAAGAAAUCGAAAGGAACGAGACUCUAAUGUCGGAUAUGUCCGAUGAUAAUUCCGGCCCGGACAACUGCAGACAAAAUCCGGGCCACCACGGGUCUUCGAGCUCCAAGUUCUACGGGGACCACCGGCCUUUGAUCUCAUACAGCCCGGGAGAAAGGCAUCACCAUGACCCGGAGCAUUAUGCGAAGUAUGGCAAAUGGGAUACAAUAGAGCGAGCUUACGAUCCGAGACACGCCUAUGAGAGCGGAAGGCUGAUGCACCCGGCGUACCACCAGCCUCAAGAAAAUAAUAUGAGGGCUCUGGCAGCGGUCCUUAAUGGAGAAAACAAUGUUGUCUGCCAUUUAGAGCCACACAAUUCCUACGACGUUUACCAACCGCAGGCAGGCAAUCCGAGGACUGUCUCCCAACCGAGUUUCUAAGGACUAAGUUGAAAUAAAGCCCAGUGAUCGAACGAAAAGAUUGGAACUGACUGUGUCAAUCUCGGACGUAUGUUUCAGUGUUAGUGAUAGACUCUUGAGUGAGUGUACAGAUAUAGCUGGUGAUUUUUUCUAUGGACGUAGUAUAGAGAAAGAUCUAGCGCAUAAAUAGCGUUUAUGUAGGAACUUGCCAUAAUGCGGACUUUAAAAUAACAUAUAUUUAUAGACGGUUAGAUUGUAAACGUAACUUUAAAUCACUUUUUCCACUGUGAUCCUAUUUCAAGAUAACGGCUCAAGUUCAGUGUUACGACCAUAUUUUCUUUGUAUGGCGGAUUUAAAUAGCAAUUUUGUAUAUACGACUCUUAGCGUUAGUGCUAGGCUCUUAGUACUUCCAGUGUGUCCUUAAUAUUUCUAUCUGUCGACUUUCCUUUACGAAUCAUGGCAUUUCAUUGAGUACGUUUGCGAGAUUUAUGUAGGUACGAAAAUCUGUGAUGUUUCCUUUUUUUACGCUUUAGAUUAGGGCUCGCUGUCUCGAAUAAUAUGUAAAAUUCACUGCCAUAACUUAUUAUUACUAUGGUUUAACUUAUUUUUGUGACAUAUAAUUUUAAUAAUAAAGUUAUCCUCUGGCAGAUAUAUUUGUACGUAUUGCAGCUUUGUAUGUUUUAUUUUUCGAAAAUAUUUCAAACAAUCCAUCCAACCUAUUAUAGACUGACACCACCUCGAUGUUGUGCACUUUUCUGUACAUUAGAACUUAGUGUUAUAAUACUUAAAAAUAACAAUAAAAUAUAUUAUUUCUACAUAAGUAGAUUUAAUUUUAAUGCCAUGAAUGAAAUUGUUAAUUUUUACCGUAAAACUAAAGGUUAAGGAAUUGUUUCAUAGAAUUGAUACAAGUACAAUAAUAUAACUAACUGUACCCUUGAUUUCUUGUAUAUUUUGGAUCGAUUAAGCAAUAUAUUAGACUGAAGUAUUUAAUAAAUAUUUGGCCAUUUUUUACUACUGUAUAACAACGUAAUUAUUGUAAUUGUAACAUUUAUAUCAUUUUAGCGAGGCCAAAAUUUAUGAAAUACUUUUUUGGAAAAUACGAAAGAGUGGGGUGUAUUAUUUUUUGUAUUGGGUUAUAUACUAGUCCACCUUCACCCACUCUUAGAUACACGACUUGUACAUUUCGUCAUGUGUAUUUCUGUUAUAUUUUUUGUUUUGAUUGUAUUUUAAUAACGUUGACGAGUAUAUUAAUGUAAAGUAGGAAAACAAAAAUGUGUAAAUAAUUUAAAGUUUAUAUAAUAAAGAGUGGUUGUUCUCAGAGGAUAUCCACAAGGGAAAUUA